GCAUAUUUUUUGAAAAAUUAUUUUUAAACAUCACUGCUUGUCAUAAGAACCAUAAGAAAAUCAUUGAAAUGAAUAACGUGAACGAUAGCUUACAUUAUAUUUUUGUUUCAAACCCCGUUAGCCAGAAUAUUUUGUCGGCAGCAGGUGGUUUAGCAAGAAAAGCUGGAAUAAUUUCUUCAUCGACUGAAACUAUAGCAAAAAAAACACAGGAAGCCACUAAUAUAGCCAUGUCAAAAGCACUGCCUUUAUGGAAAUUGGCAGGAAAAAAUUUAUAUAUGAUUCGCUUAGCUGGUUUAAGUGGCGCCACUGCCGUUAUAUUGGGGGCAUAUGGAAGCCACAGGCACUAUAAUGAGGAUAAAGGGGAAUCAAAGGCCGUGUUCGAAGUAGGAAAUCGAUUUCAUUUUUUUCAUUCAAUCGCUUUAAUGGCGGUCCCAAUGUGCAGGCAACCAGUACUGACUGGAUGUUUAAUAAUAGCUGGUACUUUAUUGUUUAGUGGACCAUGUUAUUACAAGGCCUUUACAGGAAAAACUCAAUUUAGUAAAGUCGCUCCAAUUGGUGGUUGUUGUUUAAUUUUAGCAUGGCUUUCAAUGAUGAUCUGAAUGAUUACUCAAAUAUCGAUUUUAAAGCAAUUAAUUACACGUAGUCUGUUUGUUAUUCUAAAUAGAUAUACAUAUAUAAUGUAAAUUUUAAUCUUAUUUAUAAUUUCAAAAAAUGUAUUUUUUCAUACAUAUAUAGACAUUAUUACGGAAACAAAAUAUGUUAAUUCGAGUUUAGUUUCGUUCAUUAUGUUUUAAUUUGAUAUGUAAAUAAACGUUUUUCUUAGUUCUGUAUUGUA